AUGGGUCAAAAUAUGGAAUGGUUACUAACGAAAUUAGAUGAGAAGUUGAAUCAACAAGCUUUAAUAAUAACCACCAAUGUCACCAGUAAUGUAAUGCAAGCACUAGAUGAAAAAAUGAAAACACUUUUAGAAGAAAACAAUACCCUAAAAACAAGAAUAACACAGCUAGAACACAAGAUAGAAUCUAUGGAAAAAGACAAGAGAAAAAACAAUCUAGUAUUUUUCGGUAUAGAAGAGAAAGAGAAAACAGAAUAUGAAUUAGUACACUAUUUAAAAGAUAUAAUAGUAGAGAUGGGCGUACACCUAGAAAGUCAUGAGAUAGCUAAAAUCUAUAGAAUUGGACAGCCUUCAAACAAAAACCGACCAAUUGUAGCCUCUUUUACAACAACAUGGAAGAAACACCUAAUUCAAAGGAGUAAAUCCAACCUCCCCCAGGGUAUCUAUCUCAAAGAAGACUAUCCUAAAGAGGUUUUGGAAACUCGCAAAAAACUUCUACCCUUAUUGGAAGAAGAAAGGAAGAAGGGAAACUUGGCAUAUCUGAAAUACAACAAGCUAGUAGUAAAAAAUCCAAAAGAUUCAAAUCGAGAGAAGAGGAAAAGAGAUAAGACGGAAUCACCAGAAGCACCACCAACGAACAUCAAGAAGAAACAGAUUAAUGACAAACGUGGCCCAUCUAACGACUCACCUGCAAAUAAUUCACAAGGAAUAGUAAAACCAGGCAUACUCAACUAUGUAGUACGAGGAAGAACAUCAUCGCUGUCAGAGCCAAAAACAACAAAAAAC